ACGCGGGCGCACAGUCCGCUCCAACUGACAUCGUUAUUAUCAGAGUUCGUUUAAGGAUCCAGACGGUGUAACUGCUGAGUCACUGCCAAACGUUUCUAAAAAUGGAGUGGACUGCGAUGGAAAUCAACCCCGAGAUGCUGAACAAAAUCAUGAGCAAGCUCGGAGUGAGCGGAGGCUGGCGCUUCGUGGACAUUUUGGGUCUGGAGGGGGAGCAGCUAACCGCCGUCCCGAAGCCGUGCUGCGCCCUCAUGCUGCUCUUCCCCCUGACUCAACAGCAUGACUCUUUCAGAACUCAGCAGGCAGACAAGAUUUCAGGAGGCUCUGACGUUUAUUUCCUGAAGCAGACGGCCUCAAAUUCCUGUGGCACAAUUGCCCUGGUCCAUGCUGUGGCCAACAACAAGGCCAAAAUGACUUUUGACAGCGGCUCAGUUCUGAAGACCUUUAUAGAUGAGACAGCAAGCAUGUCUCCAGAUGAUCGGGCCAAACAUCUGGAGGGCAACAAGGCAAUCUGUGAUGCUCACAAUGAGGUUGCAAAGGAGGGACAAUGUCGGCCUGAAGCUGAAAAAGUAAACUUCCACUUUAUUGCCUUUGCCAAUGUGAAUGGCCAACUGUAUGAGUUUGACGGGAAGAUGAAUGGACCAGUGAACCAUGGAGCAACCAAAGACGAGUCCUUUAUCGAUGAUGCAGCCAAAGUGUGCCGUGGGUUCAUGGAACGAGAGCAAGACGAAGUUCGUUUCUCCGCUGUGGCUCUCUGUCAGUCUUAAAUUUUCAUGUGACUAAAUUGUAAGCCACAUUGUUCCAGAGCAUUUACAUCCCAAAGUGGUCUGUGCACCUACAUCUGUAGGCACUCAUCUUCUCAACUGUUUAGCAUUAGCACAAACUGUUAACUUUACUUUAAUGUUAAUCACUUAUUGGAAGUGAUUCAUGAAUACCACUCUGUAAAGGUUGUAAAAUCACCUGUGCAUGUCGUUAUAGUUUCAGUGUAUUCAUCUGUCAAACUAAAAACUGCUUUAACACCUUUUGUGCCAAAUGAGUGAAAUGCAGUGGAAAGCUUUCCCUGUGUCUGCAUGCCUUCAGUUGCUGUGGUUUACAAAGACUGGGCAUUGUUCUAAAUGGCUCCACUCACAUUUAACCUUAGUUUUAUAGUCUGUUCUGAUGUUUGAGUUGAGGCUAAAACUUUUUCCUGACUUUCUUUAGAAGAUUUUGUUCCACCUGUUGGCACUUUGUGAAAAUGGUUCUAGAUUAAAAUGUGUCAAAUGAGCACAGAUUUUACAGGCUAGUACAGAACUGUCUGGAUAAAAUGAUCUUGGGGGUUGAGUUGAUUUGCUAUCUUGUAACUGCUUCAACUUUUCAGAUUGUUUACCUUUAUGCACUUUUCAAAAUGUUUGCUGCUGUUCAGCUAUGAAUACUAAAUAAAAACCUUAAAGUUGGA